AUGCCUCAUAAACUCUCCAACGACUCCAAUUCCACUCUGGCCAGCGGUGUCAGCAACACAUCUGAUCAAGUCAUUGCGACACAAGUCCGAGCCAGCAAUUCAGUCCGCAGGCCUCCCGUGAUCAUCCACAAUAAGGGUGGUCAGAUCUAUGACGAAACCCGACCCUCAGAUUGGGACAAGCAGCGAUGGAAGUAA